CUCACUUCAAAUGACCGGUUCUUUUAUUGUGUUCAUUCACUUAAUGAAAGCGUUUGAAACCAUCGUAUGACUUUCUGUCUCAAUAUUUACAAAUAAAUGAACGAUCUCCCGCCAAAUUUUGAAAAGUGAUUUUUAUUUUUUGCUCAUCAUGACCGACCAUGCUUCGGCCUCAACCAAAUUGACAAUUGAUAACAGCGGCGGUGUUGAGUCAUGGAUUUCACAACUUGAGAAGUGCAAAUUGCUGUCAAUAUACGACCUUUCGAGUUUGUGCAGUUCAGCUAAACAGGUUCUGAUUCAAGAGCCGACUUUGAAACAUGUAAGCAGUCCUGUUACGGUUUGUGGCGACAUCCACGGUCAACAGCCUGAUUUGAAAGAAUUGUUCCAGAUAGCUGGAAAUAUUCCGGAUACUAACUUUCUGUUCAUGGGUGAUUAUGUAGACAGAGGUUUCUACUCUAUAGAAACAGUCUGUUGGUUGCUAGCCCUUAAGAUCCGUUAUCCUUGUCGGGUUACUAUUCUACGCGGCAACCAUGAAUGUCGAAACGUCACACAAGUGUAUGGAUUCUAUGAUGAAUGUCUAAAUAAGUACACAAGCAUGGGAAGCAAAGUUUGGUCUCUGUUGACAGAUGUUUUCGAUUAUCUUCCUCUCUUGGCCGUGAUAGAUAACGAUAUCAUUUGCAUGCAUGGAGGUCUAUCGCCUAGCUUACCGCAUCUGAACAGUCUGAAUACCAUCGAUAGGUUCCAGGAAACUCCUCACGAGGGUCCCAUGGCCGACAUCAUGUGGUCAGAUCCGGAGGAGAUUACCGGAUGGGGCUUGUCGGGCAGAGGUUGUGGAUACCUUUGGGGCAGAGACAUUACCUCUAAUUUUGUCCACUCGAACCAGCUCAAAUUCGUUUGCCGAGCGCACCAGUUAGUGAUGGACGGUUACACGUGGUGUCAUGAUAAACAAGUAUUGACUGUUUUUAGUGCUCCCAAUUAUUGCUACAGAUGCGGCAACCAGGCAGCUUUUAUGAAUGUACACAGCACAGAUGAACUCCAACUGCUCCAAUUUGACGCCGUCUCAAGGCCAAAUGCGUCCGAAGACAACACUCGUCGCCCUGACUAUUUCCUAUGAAACCCAUAAAAUGCAAACAUCCUUAUGACAACAAUUCGAAUUUGAUACGACUCUCUAGUCCUAGUUCAAAUAACACUUCUGAAUUCAAAUAAUUUCCUUUCAAUGUACAAAAAAGCAACUCAGCCUACUUGAUAUAAUUAGUUCGCCUACAAAGUUCGCAACGAAA